AGCGUCAGUCUUUGCUUGUUCUUCGUAUUGUACUGACGCGUUUACUCUCUCUUUUUUCUCCUUCUCUCUCUUUUCUCUCUCUUUCUCUCUCUUCUCUCUCCGGUCCUACAACGGUUAGUGAAAGAUUCGCCCUUUGCAAUAUGGCGACUCAGGCUAUCACUCGGAAAAAACUAAAUACACACGAGCAGAAAAUAAGCAGAAACGGCUUAACCUUUCACGAGGACAUCCUAGCCAACGGCCAUGCUGAUUUACAAAGCAAUGGACGUGUACAGUUUCCAGAGAAAAAAACAAAGGUGAAACCGGCGAAAUUAAGAUCAAAGGAAUCAUUCGAAAGAAUACCGUUUAUUACUGCAGUAUUGACCCAUUUAGGAUUCUGUAUUCUUAUGUUUCUUGGUUUUAUAAAUCAAUUACUUUUCACCCCCAGAGUUGCAAAAGAAUACAAUAGAGAGGGUUAUGCAUCUUUAUAUGAGCAUUUCGAAAAGUUUUAUCUUCGAUACGUUUACAGGAGAGUAAGGGAUUGUUGGAACAGGCCAAUAUGUUCUGUUCCAGGUGCCACGGUUACACUUAAGGAUAGAAUAACGAAAGAUUAUGGAUGGACGUUUCAAUUCACGGGAACGACAUCAGAAUGUAUAAAUUUAGGAUCGUACAAUUAUUUAGGCUUUGCAGAAGCGAAUGGUAAAUGUGCUGAUCAAAGUAUUGAAACUUUGAAAAAAUUUGGUUGUGCUAGUUGCAGUAGUCGUCUAGAACUUGGAAAUAUGCCAAUUCACGAAGAAUUAGAACAAUUAACGGCUAGGUUUUUGGGUGUGGAGGACGCUAUAGUCUUUGGAAUGGGUUUUGCUACAAAUGCUCUUAAUUUGCCCUCAUUAUUGAGCAAGGGGUGUUUAGUAUUAAGUGAUGAAAAAAAUCAUGCCUCAUUAAUACUUGGAUUGAGAUUGUCUGGUGCUACAGUUAGAGUAUUUGAGCACAAUAAUAUGAAGCAUUUAGAAAAAUGUUUGAAAACUGCAAUAGUUUUUGGACAACCAGAAUCUCAUAAACCUUGGAAAAAAAUAGUGAUUGUAGUGGAAGGUGUUUAUUCUAUGGAAGGUUCUAUUGUACAUCUACCUGAAAUUUUGCAGCUCAAGAAGAAAUACAAAGCUUAUCUUUAUUUGGAUGAAGCUCAUAGCACAGGUGCAUUAGGCAAACGUGGAAGAGGUGUUUGUGACUAUUAUGAAAUUGAUCCACGAGAAGUGGAUAUACUUAUGGGAACUUUUACGAAAAGUUUUGGGUCCGCUGGCGGUUAUAUUGCCGGAACAAAAAUAUUAAUAAAUCAUUUAAGGAUACAUAGUCAUGCACAUACUUAUGCGGCAGCUAUGUCUCCACCGAUAGCACAGCAAAUUAUAACUUCAAUGAAAAUAAUAGCUGGAGAAGAUGGUACAGAUGAUGGAAAAAGAAGAACAAAACAAUUAGCGAGAAACACUAGAUAUUUCAGACGCAGACUUAAUCAGAUUGGAGUUAUUAUUUAUGGAAAUGAAGAUUCACCUGUUGUACCUAUGUUAGUUUAUUUGUUUUCAAAAAUAGGUUCAGUUGUACGAACCUUAACAACAUAUAACAUAGCAGCAGUUGGAGUUGGAUUUCCAGCAACUCCAUUAAUGGAAGGCAGAAUACGAUUUUGUCUUUCUGCUGCACAUACUAAACAACAAUUAGAUUAUGUGUUAUUACAUAUUGAAAGUCUUGCAGAUUUCUUGGGUUUAAGAUAUUCUCGUAAAUCUCGCGAUCCUGCCCCCAUAGAAUAUUAUUCCGAUGGUGAGGCCGAAUGACCUGUUAUCUAAAAAUAGAUUCUUUAGGAUAUUUACUUUGCUCCAAAGAAGCGCCUGGUAUUUCUAUGGAGAAACACUGCCUUGGAAGAACUCUACACGCAUUCUUUUAUAUGCUUUUCCAUUGAUGUACAUAUAUUAAAUUUUAAUUAAAUUGCAAAUGAGAAGAAAA